GGAUUUUAGUGGAUCACCGGAUGUUUUGCUCAACUCCCUCCUUCAGUUCAGUCGUUGUGCGUCACACUAAGCUGAGACCGCGUCUAUAGGAAGGAGCCAUGUUGAACCAGCUCCUAAUACCAUGUUUUAAAAUAGCGCUACAGUAAAUCUAUUCUCAAAAGCAGACUCAUUUUGACACUCGGACGGACGGUAAACCAUAACAAAAAUGUCAGCGGACGACUUUCAGACCAAGUACGCUUCUGUCAUGGAGAGCAUGCUCAAGAGUGCUAUCGCAGAGACCACCAAACUUUUCGAAACUAUGGUCGAUGACCUGAAGGCAGAAAUAUCCAGAAUCAAAAAGGAGAACGAGGACCUCAGAACAAGGUGCAGCCAGUUUGAGAAUGGGAAAAGCCAACCUACUGCUUCCCCCGGAGAGAGUGAGCCUCUGCCACCACCGAGUAACGGCUCUGGGAAACGUGACACAGCUGUUCAGUGUGACCUUGCUCCUUUUCACGCUGUGCUGGUAGGACAGUGUCAGCCACUAAAAAAUUCAUUACCGCAAAACCAACAGCAACAAUGCCAUUAUGAGGCGAUGGAGUAUGGUUUGCCUCUCAUUAACCAGGAAUCUUUACCUGGUGAAAUGCCUGAGAAAGACGGAGAGACUAGAGUGGCCAUAGAACAACCCUAUUUGGGAAUGGAGAGUGAUUUACAAGGAGCCCAGAACCAGUCAUCUGAACCGGAACAUUCACUGGUCAUCUCAUUCAGUGCAAUAAAAGAUGACACCAAAGAAACAAAGGGAGAACUUGUAACAUCUGAAGAACAACCAACAACCAAAGAGCAACCAUCAGUGGUCCCCCAGCAACGUCAAAGAGAGGGUGUAGCAUCAGUAAAUGAACAAACUGUUGUUACUCUGCAACAAUAUGCAGAUGUGCACUGUACAGAAGAACAACUAGCAGACCCCACACCACAAAACAAAGAAGUAGCACAUGUAGAACUUAAAAAUGGCACCACAGAAGGUGAGGCUAGUUUCCAGCCAACACGCCGUAAAAGAGGAAGGCCACCAAAGAAAGGGAAACGUCUAAAGAAGCCAGUGAAAGAAAUACUUGAGACAUCAUCUACUGAUGUUACAGCUGAGCAAGAGAUGGUAAAUUCCCCUUCAGUAGAAGAAGUGGAAGAGGUUGUUGUCUCUUCUGCAGUUAAUACAGUGAAUACCACUGCAUCUGAGUCUUCACAAGCAUUUCCUGUUGAGUGUAAAAAGAUUUCAUCUAUUAUCAUUCCAUCAGUCCAGGAGAGCACAAGCACUGCUUUAGGAGAUGUGGAGAACUGUGAAGUUGGUUCCUCGCUUGUUUCUGUAGCAUCUUUGACUAGAAGUUGCUCCUCGAUGAAUGAAAAAUCAUCUGAAUCCAAACAGCUUUCCACGGAAAUGGAAGCUCCAUCCACUGAAGUUUCAUCUGCAACUACAAUGCCAAACUCUCCACCAGCAGAGUCACCACAAGCACCACCAGUUCAACUCAGAGCACACAACACUUUUGUAACUCUUCAGAAUGCAAUGCUAAUGGUUGAAGCCAUGAAUCAGUCAACAGGGGAAAAUACAGUCUCCACUCCAAAAAGAAUGGCAGCACCAUCACAAAACCAGUGUGCUCCCCCUGUGGGCGCCUUGAAAAUUGUGGAUGAGGUCCCAACCAAGCCACAGACUCUGCAGCUUCCUACUGAAACUCUUGAAGCUGCAGGCAGUCCACCCAUAACAGAGCUGUCCACAACACAAUUGACAGUAAAGACACUUGGUGCCAGUCCUCAGGUUCCAGAUUCCACUUCAACCAAAGAAGCUCAGGCUCUCAUUAAAGUUGUCAUACCAAAACGGCAAUAUGCAGUCACUCCAUCCAAUACUGUUACACCACCAAUGCCAUUAUCAGCUGCUACAACUCAAACAAGUGCACAGUCGCAGCUGCGCCUUCCCCAACCUCUGAUAACGUCGGUAGCACCAAGCAAACCAACUAACGCCGUACCUCCCAAAAUCAGUGUAGUGCCAAGAUCUGUACCCUCAUUCAAGACUCAUAAAAUUGCGGCACUGUCCCAAACCCAGCUUUCUACUUUUGUGUCAACAGUUGCUGCUGCGCAGAGUAAUAGUUUACUUCCAGCUUCUACAGCUGCAGGCUUACCUCUUGGAAUGCCUUCAUCUUCGUCUGUCCCUCAGAAAACAAUAUAUGUUACUUCCAGGAAAUCAUUUCCAGUUGUCCAUAGACAGUUGUCAAACAAAUCCACAGACCAGCAGUCAGGGAUUCUGCCACCCCCAAAAAUAACAAUUAUUAUUCCAAGACAGGUGUCAGCCGUGGCAUCAAGGACACAUCAGCCACAGACAAUUGUUCUCACAACAAAGCAGGAGUCAGCCGAACCAGCUGCUGAUGUUAAAGUGCCAUCUUCUCCGUUGUGUUCUUCAUCAAUGGUUUCUGUGGGUGAACAAGCCACUUCAGAUGUGGCUACGAUAUCACCUAAAAAGAGGGAUAAUGCAACCAACAACUUGGAAUCUCCUGAACAAAGUGCCUCUGUUUGUGAAACAACAAAUGCACCUGCAGAAACAUUUUCCGGUUUAAAAAUGUCAGUUCCAACUGGGCCAUUGCCAGCCUCUCUGUAUGCAGUGGAUCAGAAACUCUCUGCCAUGGUCAGAUUAACCAGGCUGCCUCUUUCAGUAUCAACCAAAGAAUCAGUGUUGCUCUCAAGAGUUCUUUCAAAUGGAUGCUCUGAGACUCAGUCCGUUGUGAAAGAGGGUACCACACAUGAGAAACUAUCAUCUGUGGUCAUAUCAACACAGCCAUCAGAAAUGCCAGUGGUAUCCACUGACAUUUGUCCGAGUUUAAAAGAAACUUCUGUUUCUGUAAAUACCCCUCAGAUGUCAGAAAAACAAAACAAUAUUAAAGAGACGGCAUUGUUGUCCUCCGGAAAAAACGCCAUUUAUGUGCAGUCAUUUACACCACCCAAGGUGUCAUCACCACUCUUGGAGAAACCAGCAGUAGCCAUCAGCACAGCUGAACCUUCAGCUGGUGAACCUGCUUCAAGUUUGGAGGAAGAAAUAAUCAGAAAUGCAGUUCAAGUGUGUGCACUACCUGAUGACCCAACUACAGAAGAGAAACAAUCACCAGCUGUUAUGCAGCUAACGUCCAUCACGUCCAAGGACACAUCUGACCCUCAUUUACAGAUGUCUAAAAUCCAGUUCCUGGCACAGUUGGCAGUGUCGCCUAUAGUUCAAGCCCCAGAAGAGGCAUCUUCCAAUGACUCUGCACAUACCAGAGCUUGUAGUGCAGAAACCAGCAACAGUGGCAAGAAAGGAUUACAGGAAAACUCCCUCGUGGCCAGACUCCAAGGUCACCUCAAAGCUCACUUACAAACUAGAAGAACUGAACCAAAUCCAGAGCCAUGCGCAGAAACAGAGACCACCUCUGUAAGCACAAAGAAACUUGAAUUAGACAAUCACAGUCCAAAUGACAGAAACACAGCCAGUGAACCUGUUCUCAUUAGCCUUAAAAAGUCAGGUGUAGCUGAAGAUGUAACAUCUUCAAACAAGGCUACUAAUGGCCCCAUUCCCUACAGUCCCAAGAGUAUUGGACUAUGUAAAGGUACUGUUAGAUCCAAGAGGAGUGUUAGUGAAACAAGUAGAAGCUCAAAGGCUACUAGUGAAUCUACUCCAGUGAGUGGUAGGAGGUCUAGUUCAGGUAGAAAUGGUGUAAAUGUUAAAUUCACAUCUUUUAGUAUUCAAAGGUCUUGUUCAACUAAGGAUGGUGCUAGCCCUAAAAAGACUAAAAAUGGUGCUAGCCUGAAAAAUAAAAAAUCCACCUCUGUGAGCACCAAGAUGACUAGUUUGACUAGAGAUUAUUCAAAAGUUAAACAGACUCAAUCCACUUUUAUGAGCACUAAACUGAUUCAAGGUUCUUUCAGUCCUAGGAGUAGUGCUGUUGCUAAAACACAGAGGGAAACUGGUUCCCCAAGUGUUAGGUGGCCUAAAUUGGCUAAAGAUGGUGUCAGUCCUAGAGAGACUGGGGAAUCUACUCCUGCCAAGAAACCCAGAUUAAUUCACGACGUGACCAAUCCUAAAACGAAUUUAAGAGUUUUGAAUGCUAAAAAGUUAGCUAAAGCAGCAAAAGCCACAACGAUAGCUAAAAUGAAAAAUCCCACCAAGCUGCAGAAUGGAGCUAAAUCAAGUCAUUUAGCAGAGAACCAGAACAGCUGUGAAGCUGAGAAAAAAUAUACGGCUAAAGCUGUGUGGAUUCCUCCUCAAAUGCCCACCAGUAAAGCACUGUCAGCAGGCGGAAAGAGGUCGUCGCUGUUUCUGGUGAAGAAAGAGACAAGAUCCUCAAGAUCCCAGGAUCAUACAGUGAGUUACCCCCCUAGUGUUUCUCUCCACCCCAUACCUGUCAAAGCACCACCUAUUGUAUCACCAUUACAGCCUUUGUCAGUCAUUGGCGGGCGUCUGCUAAAGAAUCAGUGUGGGGAGUGCGGCCGCGUCCUUAGCAGUGGUGCUGCCCUGGAGAGCCACGUCAGUCUCCACACAGGAUGCCGACCUUUUUCGUGCACGCUUUGUGGGAAGAGCUUCCCAGACGCCAAGGGCCUGAAACGGCAUGGCCGGGUGCACCGCAAUGGUAGGAUCCAUGUCUGCCAGCAGUGCGGGAAGGGCUUUGUCUAUCGUUUUGGCCUCACCAAACACCUUCAGAUGGUGCACAGCAGACUUAAACCUUUUGUCUGCCAGAUCUGCAACAAAGGAUUUUUCACUAAGCGGGAUGUGGAAGCACACAUACGGAUCCACACUGGAGAGAAACCAUUCCACUGCAACCUCUGUGACAAAAAAUUCACAAGGAGAGUAGAACUAAAUGUACAUUUGAGGUGGCAUAACGGGGAGAAGAGACACUGGUGUCCAUACUGCGGAAAAGGAUUUUUAGACUUCAAUAACCUGAAGAGGCACAAGUAUAUCCACACAGGGGAGAAACCACAUUCCUGCCCCCACUGCCCCAAACACUUCACACAGUCAGGCCACCUGAAAAAGCAUGUAAAAAAUGUACAUAAAAUCCAGUGAGAGGGAGGACAUAGCAGAUUAUUUUUGUAAUGAGAAAUAUUACGUCAUGUCAUGUGGGAAUACUUGGAGUGGAAAGAUUUUUUUUUUUGAUGCAGUGUAUUUGUAAAACAAAUGCAGAUGGAGACUUGCAGGCCCCCACUUAAAAGAAUAGUUCAGCAUUUUGGGAAGUGCUUACAUGCUUUCUUUCCAAGAGUUCGAUAAGAAGAUCCAUAUCACUGUGAUGUCUGUGUGUAAAGUAUGGAACUGGAGUCAUGUGAUUAUUAGCGUAACAUAAAGGCUUAAAGUAGCACAUCUAAAGCUUAUGAGUUAACCUGAAUUUUGUUUGUUCAAACUGUAUAAAACACAAUAUGACAGGGUUACUUCUCCCCUUGUUUACCAUGCACUCUACUUAGCUCAGACAUGACUGAAGUACAUAACAUGUUAUUUAGUGUUUAUAUGUGUUUAUAGGUAUCUUCUUGAGCUUUGGAGAGACUCAGUUUACCCCCACCCCCCAUUCCAGUAACCAGUCUUCAUGCUAACCUAAAUGAUCAUCUCCCAUCUCCGUGUCCAACAUUCAAACAUGAGUAUGGUCACUUUUCAUUAGAAAACAAAAGCAUAUUUCCCAAAAUGUCAAACUAAUCUUUUAAAACCAGGUUCUUUAGGGCACUGAGGGAAAGUCUGACAUCUCUCAGAAAAAUAAUUUCUUAAACCGAUUGUUAGUUCUGAAUUUACUUGUCUAAUUUAUUUUUUUUUUUUUUGCUUAAUUUAUUUUAUGAUUACACAAACCCAGUUUUAAAAUACUGUGUAUCUCUACUAGGUAGCCUGUUUGGGAUAGUAUUACAGAAUAAUGUUUAGUCUGACACCAGCCUGGAGUAACAUUUAUAAUGAAACAUCGGUUUCCGAUGUGAUUUAGUGCCAACAUCUGCAUGUUAGAGUCAGCACACUUUUUUACUGUGAUGAAUUUUCUUCUUGGUUUAUCACAAUAUUUUCAGCAGAUGUUAAAAUCUCUCAUCGUCAUAAUAUCACUUAAAAAAACUGACAUUAGUUAAUUAGUAGAUCAACAGAAAAAUAAAUCUGCAGUAAUAUUGAUAACUGAAAAUUUGUUCAAGUAAUUAUUAAGCAGAAAAUAAUGUAUGUGUUUAAUAUGGUAAAUUGAAUAUUUUUGAGACAUUUGAAAAUGUGACCUUGGACUCUGAGAAACUUGAAUGGGUAGUUUUCCCUAUUUUCUGACAUUUCCCAGACUAAAGUACUAAUCGACAGAUUAAUCUGAUAAUGAUAGGAUAUAUUUAAUAUUUCACAGCUGUUACAGUGUGAAUCUUGGAACAUACAGUAAAUGUUUGGAAAAAAUAUUGAAUUUAACUGUAAAAAUGUUAACAGACAAAUUAUAUUUAUAUUGCUCUUUUUUCAUUACAUGGCUUUUCAUUGCUUACGAAACAAAAUUGGCAAUAAGGGCUAAUUAUACUGCUUGUGCAAUAGUUUACCAGCUCAAACAAGGACUAUGAAGGUGCAUUCACACUGGACAUGAAGAUUUUUUUAUUUUUUGUAAGAAUUUGACCUCUAGAAUGUUUUGCAGUCUGUGUUUAAUCCCUGACUGUACAGUCAUUGUGUGUCCUGCUGUGUAUGUGAGUGCCUCAGACCAGACUCUUUGCAACUUACCUUGAGCUCCACACUGUAUCGCUAUCAGAAAGUGGAGGCAUGAAGUUCAUAUCACUCAAGCUGAUAUAUUUUUGGCAGGAGCGGACACACAUUGGUCUCAGUAUUUAAAUUCACAUCUGAUUAUGUUUACAUUAUUUUGUCUGCAUUUGCCUUGAAUUCUGGCUUUGUUUUCAGCCUAAAAAUACCUUAAGAGGAUGGUCACUGUCCCAUAAGUUGCACUAGAGCUCAGCUUCAUGAAAGUAGCACAUUUAAUGUCAAAGUUGGAAUUAAACUUUUUUAUUUUAUAGAUGUUUUAAAUUGCACAAAAAAGUUUAGGUGUUUGUCAUUACUUAAAUCCCUUUUUUGUCUGAAAGACAUGUUUAUAGCUCACUUCUCAUUUUCUCAAAGUGUUAACUACUUUUGUUAGUCAACUCUGACCCAUCGUCCUUUUAUAAUUCUAAAUGGCGUUCAAGAAAUUGUAAAUAUUCUUAAUUUAUGUUGAUUUGAUCUGGAUAAAAUAGAUGUAUAUUUUCUUGGUCCUGUCAUUUGAGAAAAAAGAAAAUAAAUGUAGAAAUGUCCUACU